UUUACGUAAUUGCUUUUCUCACAUAGCUUACAUCCUGAUUAUUCUAUAUUUUUCUACAGAAACAGAGAGUGUGUGGAUUAAAAUUUACCGUCGCAUUAUUUCAGCCAUAUAGCGAUCAGAAACAAAUACAUCUGCUGAAUGAGGUGCUCCCAGAUCAGUGACAACGCAGAAUCGACGCAGACAUGACAUCCUUGACAAACCUGCUGUAUACCAUCGUGUGUUUCCACCUUUCCUCCUUGGAGGUAACAGUGCCCGUUCAGACAAAUAUAGCUCAAGGCAAACCAACCAUUCAGUCCAACACGUACCACAAUGCUGUCUCGUCCUAUGCUGUGGAUGGUGUAACAGGAGGAAACUUCCAUACUGACCGUUGUAUGCACACACGUGGUGGCAACGGCUGGUGGAUGGUGGAUCUUCUUCAUGUGUACAAUAUUUCGAGGAUCACUGUUUUCAGGAGAACAGACGUCCUCGGUCGCCCAGAUCUUUUUAAAAUCGUCGGCUUUGAUCUGCAUCCUACACUCUGUCCUCUAUCAUCCCCGAAAGUCUGCGUCAACCAACUCGGCAAUUUCACAGGUCAAUCCAAGACUGUGCCUUGUGAACAGGAGGUCAUGGCCAGAUAUGUAAAAGUUUCCUCCUCUGCUAACGUGAUGAUGUGUGAGAUGCAAGUGUUUGGACAGAAAAUAGGUGGAUGCUUGAGGAAUAAGUUACAAGUGAAAGACGGCAACAAACUGGAUGACUCCUCUAUCACCAUGUUACGUGGUAAUGCCUCAAGUCAUGUGGAGUGCAGCAUCAACUGUUACAGACUCCACAACUGUCUGUUCUUCAACUUCAACAGACUGACUGGAGAAUGUCAGACAGGAAGUGGCCAGGAAACUUCCGCUUCUUCCUCGGCAGCUGGCUGGGACUUCGGCACAUUUUGUUAAAGGGCUGUUUAUCCUGUCUCUGCUGAAUAUGUUUCAUAUAUGCCAACUGUUUAUGUAUUUAAUAUGUUUUUAUCGAGGCAGGAUAGGCCUGUGACUACGGAAUUUUGUCAGGUUUGGGACUUACUUAAUCCAACAUCACACACCUUAAUGUGAAAUCUCAAACAUAUAGAUGUUAUUUCUAUGAUUGUGUUAAUAUGCUCAAUGACGUUAUGCAAGCCAUAUGUUUAUGAACAGAUGUUGAAUAAGUCAUGGGGAAACAUGGUAUUCAAUAUACAGUGAGUGAGUGAGUGAGUUUAUGCUUUACGUCACAUCGGCAAUAUUUCAGCCCAUCGUUUUAAAUAUACAGAUCUGUAGAAUUUCUCUAUAUUGACGAAAUAUAUGCUUGUGUUCUUAUGUGUACCUUGUAAACAUAUCUAAACACUUUCACUAAUUUGAAAGAUGAAUGUAGACUUUGUGACUUUGCUGAGGCCUCAGGAUGUUUCAGAAAAAUAAGCGGGAACUUUCACAACUUGUAUCUACACAUUUUUGUAUUACCGUGUUCGUGUAAUGGCAAAAUACAAUUACUAAACUGAUCACGGUCGUGAAUUCAAGUACUGAUCAAUAUCGCUGCGAUGGGUUGUUCGUUUCACGGCCUAUUCCUACACCUGUAUCCAAAAUUCUAUACGUUAUCAAAUCUCAAAACUGGACCCGUUUGCCACCACUGCUUCGUUUCGGAAAUAAUGACGCCGGAUUCAAUUCUAGAUCGCUUAUCGCGAAGCACAUUUUUCGGUUCCAGUUGUACUUCCAAAAGUCAAGUCGAUUUGUAUGUUCAUCUCUCUGAAUAUUUGACCGUCACUGAAGAUCAUUUAUAUACCAGAAGCUUGUUCACGUGAACAUUAUCUGAUCAUCGAUACACCUUUAUAUGUAAAUCUAUAUAUAAAUGAGAUUAAAAAAUAAGUGUUUCAAAGUAUGGCUACGCAUUAACUUACUUUUCUUGAUAAAACGAUUAAUGUAAACGUUUACCUCAAAGCUUUUGUGAAAAAAUCCCGGAAAUACUUAUAAAAUCAGGUGUUAAACUCCUCACAUGUUUAUACAUAAAGCACCAUACCUUGACCUGCAGCCAUGAAUAACACAUUUAUCUAAACCGAUUCAAACAGCUUGUGUAUAUUUGUCUUUUUCAAAUUAUUGUUUAAAACAACGGGAAAACGGGAAAACCUGGUGACAUUUAUGUUUUUGAGACAUAUUUCCCUUUUACGCUCAAUGGAAUCUUUUCAGCAGAAAAUCGAGACUGGUUAAUUUCUGGACUUUUUUGUUUUAUUGUGUAUUUAUUAUCUUCUGAUAACUUAAUUGUCUCGUUGUUUUCAAGGUAUUUGUUUAAUGGCAUAAUAAAAAUCUAUUACUCAAUGAGCUUGUUGGUAUCGUAUUUACUUAUAUUGCCUUAUUUGUUUUGCU